AUGAGUAAAAGUCGACGUCCGGAUGAUGAGGAAGAAGAGAGGCAAAAAAAAGCAGAAAAAGAGCUUCAAUUACACGAUUUCGGGCAACGCAACUCGCACAGAUCCCAAUCGCGUGAAAGGUCAAACAGCCGUACCAAAAGCAGCCAUAAGAGCCAAGAGGAAACAAAGUUGAAACUGCUGAAUCCAUAUGGUCUAAGUGCAUCGACUGUUCCUCCAUUCGCCUUGGAUGAGCAACUAAAGAUGCACCGACGUCAGGGCACACAAAAUCAAGACGGAGCGUCCCAAAUCGUUAAAGAUCCGCACAAACAAAAUGAUUUAAAGCAACAACAACAAUGCUCGUCGAAAGACCCCUUUUUGGUUUCCCAUAACGACAACUGGGACCAAUUUGUGGAAAAUAUAGGCUCCAACGUCGCAUACUUACAUAAAGCGGCAGAGGAUAACGAGACCGGCUCAGCUCCCGAAGGCGCAUCUAGCAGCUCUUCUAAGACCGAAACAACAUCCUCCUUCAGUGAAGACACAAAGCAUUUCGAAAAAAAUAGGAGAACAGCAUCUCGAACUGCUUCGAAAGACAUUUUUGCCAACCUUGAUGACUCCUGGGGUGGUAGCGAGAGACUUAACGCCAUCUUUAAUGGACCGCUCUUAGACAGCAACAAGUUCACCAACAACCAGGACCGCCAGGAUUGGUCAGAUUACUUGGAAUCGGUCAAAGCUUUUUACUAUCGUGAUGGAGGGCUGGAAAAUCCCGAUCUCGAGGCUGGGGUCCAAGCAGAAGACCCAACAUCAAACGGCGACAACAAUAAGCUGCAGGCAUUUUUGGAGAAACAAAAGCUGGACUUUAAGCAAAAACGCAAGCAUUGGAGACAAUUGGAGCGCCAGAAGAAGCAGAAAUGGCUGCCCACGCUUCGCAAACUGAUGUUGGACAACCAGUACUUGCCCCUCGGAUUCCGCAUGUCGAUCGUGAUUUUAAGCAUUAUUGCGUUAGGGCUAGCCAUAAGGAUCUUCCAGAAUUCAAACUCGCGAGUAGAAGUAGUAGGAGCUUCGAUUCCACAGCAGGCUAGUACGGUCAUGGCGAUAUGCGUCAAUUCCAUCGCCGUGCUAUACCUAUUCUACAUUGCGUACGAUGAAUUUUCGGGCAAGCCGCUCGGAUUGAGGAAUCCUUUUGGAAAACUAAGACUCAUUCUGCUAGAUCUGCUCUUCAUCAUUUUUUCCAGUGCCAACCUAGCACUGACGUUUAACACGCUUUACGACAAACAAUGGGUGUGUACUGCGGGCGAAUACACCAAAGAGCAACUACCAAAGAUUGAUUACAUCUGUAGAAAGCAGAGAGCGUUGGCAUCUUUCCUGUUUGUCAUGCUUUUCUUAUGGGUAACGACGUUUUCCAUAAGCAUUCUCAGAGUGGUCGAAAAAAUGAACUCGAGCUCGCCCAGAUAG